GCCUUAGAGUUAUUGGUUGUCGAGUGGAAGAAGCUAAAUGCGUUGAGGGCAGGAGGGGGACUUGUGGCCACCAGCUUUCUACGGCUUGUGGGUUGCCAUGUGCUUAUCAGAUGGAGUGGUGGGAAAAUAGAGGUUGCAAAAUUCCACUUGCCGCGAUAGAUAAAUUCUGGACAAAACUUGAUUUUUCGACAGAAGAACUUAAUCAAGACGAGUGUAAUAUUCAGGCGGAAAUGGAUAACCUCACACAGCAACUACAUACGCAGCCACCUCUAGUGGUAAAAAGUAUGUUGUCGAAGAUGAAAGCAGUGUUGAAUCCAAGUAUGACUGACCAUCAACCGCCUGAGGUACAACAAGAUACUAGGGGCCGCCCAACUACGAAAGUAAAACAACAAAAGAAUAAAGAUAAACAACCUGAAUCACAGAGUAACGACUACACUCAAAAGCCAAAUGUGCGACGUAGUCGUUCAAAGAAAACCAAAGAAGAAAAAAAUACACUUCCAAUUAUAGAUAAAGACUUUCCACGGUUGGCCGGGCACAGGUACAAAAACGUGAUCGAGCGUUUUAAGGAUUGGCUUCCAUCUAGCUAUCAGAGAUACAUAAUGCAUAUCGAAGAUGCCCAGCCGGACGGUAACUGUGGGUUUCGAUCCAUAGCUAUGGGUUUGGGGUAUGACCAGAAAGAGUGGAAGUGGGUCCGCCAAGAGCUACUCGACGAGAUGUUCAUUAACAGAAUGCGUUGGGGGCAUAUACUCGAAUCAUUGGACAAGGGAUGUUACGAUAAUGUGUAUCGAUCGAUAAAUUGGUUAAAUGUUGAACCUGCACCUAUGGCAUGCUGGAUGUGGUUGCCCUACACAGGGUUGUUGGUGGCUCAAAAAUUUGGGGUGAUUGUUCAACAUUUAAGCAACGGUGUUUGUCAAACAUACUUCCCGAUGUUCGAUGGACCGCAGGAAAUCCAAGGUAUCAAUGGAGAAUCAACUGAUGAGUUGAUCAAAAGAUAUAUCGAGUUAUAUUGGGAGAUGGUGAGAUUGAAGAUAACCAAGACCAAUGAGGAAUGGGUUAACAAGUUAGCAAAUGCUUUACCGGGUGAUAGGUGGAGAACGUAUUUGUCAGAUUUGAAGAAGAUAUACUUAGACGUGAAUUUGAGCUUGUUUAUCGAGAAGAUUAAAGAGCGAGAACAUGAACUACAAAAGAUUAGUAAUGCAGAAGCAGCUGAUGAAGCAAAAUUAAAAUCUGAGGCAAUCGUUCAAGAGGUAGAGGAGCAGGUUAAAGAAAUUUCAGCUAUCAAGGUGGAGAAGAAAGCUGAAACUAUUCAAACGCUUAACUGCGUUCGUAUUCCAGAUUCAUGCACCGAAGCGUCCACCAACGACAAUGCUUCUGCACCCACAGUCUGUGACGGUGGAAGUAGAUAUUUACUGGUGACUAUGAGGGUGAACUGGAAUGUUCUUCCACCUCCACCAACGACAAUGCUUCUGCGUCAGCAACCUCGAGGGAGAACUCCUUCUGUACGGAUUGGUUCUUCAUGCUGUGGAACCGGUUACUGA